CUUCUGAGAGGAAGAAGAAGGUUCGCAUGCCCAUAGCAUUCGCUGUGGGCAUUCGCUGAGGGCAGCUGCUGGAGUGGUUGAUGAAGCAGCCUGCAUUCGACAGGAAUGCCAUCCCAUGAAAUAGCGUCAGUGAACCUGACAGUUCCUCCCAAGCGACUCUUCCUCUGAACGUGCAGCUACUCUCAAAAGGCAUGGCUGAGCAUUCUACGUUCGGUUCAACAGGGAUGCCUUCAUGGAUAGUCGAGGAGGAUGUUGAAGAUAUUCAGUUAGUCAUAGAGGUGACGACCUCUCCAUGCUCCCUUUCUUCCAGUGAGGUUGACGCCAGACACAAUACGAUUGAACAGGGAGACAUUCGGCAAGAGUCUGCCUUCAUAUCGCAAGAGCGUAUAAAUGAAGGAUGUCACAAACCUACCGGGUAUUUAACGUCCGAGUUUCAACAUCAAUCAACAGUUAGAGCACCUUCGGUCAAUGGCGAUGGAACCUACGAGGAAGCGGUUCGUUCGGUACAGUGUGGGAAAAGAAAACGUGUAGACAGCCACGAAAGCCGAAACAUUAGCGAUGGUCACGCCGAUCAAGGACAACGGGAGAGACGAACCGUUGUGCUGCCGGGAAUGGAAGUUCCACGAAGAGUUCAAACGGGAGACUCUGGGCACGAGGACAACGAAACGGACACAUUCGAGAAUAUUCGUCUCCGAGCAUCGCGAGAAAGCGUCCCCACCACCGAAUCUGGAAUAUGUCCCGAGAAAAGUAAGCAAAGCAGCGAAACCAGACGCGAGGAUCCCUUGCACGAAGCGAGGUGUGUUCCCUUCGUUGAUUUAAGAGAAAAGCUUAAUUCGCGACGGAAAAUAAACGCGCAGAUCCGUUGCCUUCAACGUUGUGCGGAGGCGGAGAGGGAAGAAUCUUCUGGCGAGAUUUCAAACCAAGUUGCGUUCAAUCAAGAUUCGAGAGACUCUAGUCCGACCAAUCCAUCGACGAGCCUGCUGAGCUUGGGUUUAAGUGAACAAAGUAGCAUUCGGGCCUCCUCGGACUUGCAUCGACGAGAAUCCAAUACCGCGGCUUUUGGUGUUGCUCAUGCAUCGAAGAAACGGAAAAUGGGCUGUAAAGAGGAGGACGACAUCCCGGUGUCCACAGCCUCGAGUCAUAAAGAGCACAGCUAUGCUUCGACCACGUUUGAUCGCAAGGAAUCAGGAAGCAUAGGAGCUCCUACGAACUUUAGCCAACACGCAAUCAGAUACAAUGAAGGAGGAGAGCAGAGUGGUCGGGCCUCAGGUGGGAAGCGAACGCCGUUUGUCAGCGAAGACCCCGAAGAGAACUGGGAUAAUUACAACCCAGGAUGGGAAAGCUUUCGGCGCCUCUCAACGGAUCAGGCACGCUACGAGGCGGUUCAUCGACUCUGGAGGAACAGAAGGAUACCAAACCCGCACGCAAACUUCAGCCAUUAUUUUCACCACUCACGGCAGGACCCGACGCGCACAAGCCGCAAGCGAAAGGCCUCCACUCAGCCGUCGAGUGACGACAGCAGCAGCAGCAGCAGACCUGCGAAACGAGCGCGACUGGACACUUAUGUCUACGACCAGAAACUAGAGGAGCUAGAAAACAGGAAGAGCCAAGAGUGCUGCGCGGCCAGACAACAACUGCAGGACAGGAUCGAAAGGCUUCGGAGUGAAUUUCAGACAACGGGAGAGGAUCGCAGCUCCAGAAGGCACUUCCGAUCGUUCACCGUACCGUGGGAUAUGCGGUACUGGCAGAAGCAGCAACGUGAGCAACAGCUGCAACAGCAGUAUGAGAAUCGUACGACGCAGAUUGCGAACCGCUACGCUGCGAGGAUGAAUCGACUUCGAAGUGCUCGCCAAGAAGUUCAGCACUUCAACAUGUUCUACGUUGGACUGGUCGACGCGAACCCCAGAAUGCUCAGCGCCGUCCAGAUGGAAGAACAGCUGAUGAUAGAGAAACUUCUCGGUCUUUUCAAAUCUGCGUACAAGGCCUCAUUUCCCGUACAGUUCGCUGAAGACGUGCCCCACAUUGAUAGUCGUAGCUUGGCAAGUUAACGGGAUUAUGUUGAUAACCCUGUGUACCGCUAAGUGUGUUACAGAGCUUGUCAAUGGUACCGCAGUUCCGCAAGCAUCAGAUAUGCGUACAGUAAGGAACGCUGUCGGCAGCCUCGCGUCGAUGACAAUAAAAUAGAAUGAACCCGUG